CUUAUUACAUACAAUUCGCCGGCCUGUUUGUCUUUGCUACCUCGUAACAGUCGUCCAUUGAAAGUUGAUAUGGCCCCGAUCGCCGUUGGUGACGUGUUGCCGGAGGGGACCCUCUCGUACUUCGACGAGCAGGAUAAGCAGCAACAAGUGUCCAUUCACUCUCUCGCUGCCGGCAAGAAGGUUAUCCUCUUUGGGAUUCCCGGUGCUUUCACCCCCGUUUGCAGCACGAAGCAUGUACCUGGAUUCAUUGAGAAGGCUGCGGAGCUGAAGGCCAAGGGAGUCGAUGAAAUUCUGUGCAUCAGUGUUAAUGACGCCUUCGUCAUGAAAGCAUGGGCCAAAACUUUCCCUGACAACGAAAAAGUGAAGUUCCUAGCUGAUGGCACGGCUACAUACACUCAUGCUCUUGGUCUUGAGCUUGACCUGGCUGGGAUUGGUCUUGGCACUCGUUCUAAGAGGUUUGCUCUCUUGGUCGAGGACCUUAAGGUGAAGACUGCAAACAUCGAGUCUGGUGGAGAAUUUACAGUCUCCAGUGCCGAUGAUAUGCUUAAGGCUCUUUAAACAAUCCCUGUUUGUUGAUGAGCUCUUUCUACCUUUUGUUUAUCUAUCUUCUUCAGUCUUUAUAUGGACAACGUUUUGUCAGAGAUUCUGAAGAUCUUAGUUUGAGAUGUUUAAUCAUGGUUAAUGAGAAUAAACUAAUAAAGAGCUCUCUUUUUGUGGUGUGGAAA